CUUUCUUGAGGGUCACACCGCAGGUGACAAUCGAGCUGAAAAAUGAAGUUUGAUGCGUUGUGUUUCUCUGCUGUUCUGCUGAUGUGGCUUCUGGUCUCUACGACUGCAGUGCAAGCUGCAGUUAUUCCUGAAAGCUGUUUAACUACUAGAAAUACUAAAGUUCCUGUGAAAAAUCUGGAAAGCUACUUUAUCCAGCGCACGCCCUUGUACUCUGUGGAUGCUGUGAGAUUUCUCACAAAAAAGGGGCGUAGAAUCUGCUCAGAUCCCUCAUCACCAUGGGCCAAAAAAGCUAUGAAGUACCUGGAUAAAAAAGAAAACAGACAAAAAAACUAGUAUGAAACAUUUUAAUAAAUAUUUAAACCACCAAUAUUUAACUCAAGAAACAGAUCAAAUCAUUUUUGGAGGAAAAUGCACUUUAUUGUUGUGAUGUUUAAAAAAAUGUUUUUCAUACAAAUAAGAUUGUAUAUUGUUGAUAUUGUUAUUUUUCUCCUCCACAAAGGAAUGUCUUUUUUACUUUUGUUCUCUGUUUAGAGGUAAUAUUGUUGAAUAAAUUACAAAACUCUACAUCAGAGAUUUAAGUGCACCGUCUUUCUUUAUUAAAAAUAAAUAUUUAUAAAAACGUUUCACUACAUACUGCAAUGUAUGGGAAAAAGUUCAAUAGCUAACAUGAACUAACAAUAAACAAUACUUCCACAGCUUCCAUAGCUGAUGUUAUCUGCAGCGUGUUUUGGCAUGAAUAUCAUUA